AAGUUAAACAAAAGUUAGUAAAAAAAGAAAGCAGAGUUUAAUAAUGCCACAAAGGCGCUGAUAUAAACAAAUAAUAAAUUAUACAAGUUAUCAAGUCUUAGAAAGAUAGAUGAACAAGCAUUAUACUUAUCGGCUAAAUGAAACGGCUGAUGAUAAUGUUGUAUAUUGAAAGGAUCAAUUGAAGUCGAAUGCAAGUAGCUGACCAACGUGUACAAUAUUCUGUGAAUGGUACUGUGAUGUAUCUCAGAAAAUAUAUAGACCCAAAGUCGAUAAACUGAACGCACAAGGUGCGACAAUCGCAAAGAUGAUAUUUUACUUUUACAGCGAAAACAAAACUACUGACUCGCAAGCGCCAUAGAGCUUAUAGCAAAAGAAGCGUUAAAAUGGCGAUGACAAUGCAGACAUAGAGAGAAGACCGACAACAACUCGAUGUAACACAACGAUAACAUGAAUAAUCACAACACAAUUUUAUGACAGUAUAAAUAUUCGACCAAUAAAUAUUCAGCCACUCUCCUGAUCUCCUAAAGCCGUCAUCAAAUAAGUCUAAUCAAAGUAGUCAAAAACUUUAAACCUGUAAUGCACAAAUAUCGAUAUUAAUAUGAUGUUGAAAAUUUCAAAUUUAUUUUUGUUGACAAUUUUUUUAUUAUGUUUCUACAUUGAUCAAAUUCAAUUAGAUGAUUCAUUAUUUGAAAACAUAAAAUAUUUGGAAAACGAAGAAGUAAAACUACCUCAGUCAAGCGACUGGAAAGAUAGCAAUGUAGUUGGUAUUUCUUUUUUUACAAUUUUAAGUAUUAAAUUUUUGAUUGAAACAGAAGAUGAAGCAAACAUUUGGUUUUACCCUUACUAUAAAGACGCCAUGGUGUACCGAUCUUUAAAAUAUGUGUAUCUAUUGGCACAAUAUGGUAGUAUGGCAAUUAAACCAAAUAUUAAUUGUAAACCAUUUGCAAAAUUUAAUACCGCGGUAUAUACUAUAAGUAAUUAUUUUAAAUUUAUUUAUUUAGAAAAUGAAGUUCUUGAAAACAUCAGAAAUGUUUUAGAGAAUUUUAAAAAUUCUCCAAAAGAACCAUAUUCUGUUCCACAUUUUGAAAUCAUACACCAUGUUUUCAGUGAAAUUAUAAAUAUCAUAGAUAAUUAUUUCAAAGGUGAAAAUUUGUUAAAAUAUUCUGCUGAAGUACCUUUUAUUCCUUUACCUAUAGGAGGAAAUAAUUGGGAAACAUACGAAUCCGUUUUAAGUAAAAAAUUAAAAAAAGAUUAUUAUCCUCCUACUAAAAUUGAAAACAAUAAUAAGGAACUAAUUGAAGCAUUGAACAUGCUCAUUACUAAAGUAGUAGAUGAAUAUAAAAUAACACUUAAUGGCUAUGAAAAUAAAAAAGAAGAAUGAAAAAUAAUUAAUUCUGUGCUGUGAGUGAAUUUUUUUUUUUACCAUUGCCAUUUUGAAUUAUAAAAUUUUAUUUACAAUAUAAUUACAUAGUUUUUUAAAAUAGCUAUCAUUAAAAUGCUAACAUUUUUUUUAACUUAAAAAUAUAUUAAUAAAGAAUAUUG